CGCUUGCUUGAGCUUGGUCAUUCUUUCCGUGGAUUUCAUCGAGUGAGGAGGUUUUUGUUGGAGAGAUUUUGACUACCCAAGCCACAAGCCAAGCUAAAAUCUGCUAAGUUUUCUUUUACCCUUUUGUAUAAAUAGUGCUGAUAUCAAAAUGUCUGACGAAGAAGUUCAAACCAAAAAAGGCCGCAAAGCAGCAGCUGAAGCAACCAAACGUACCAAAAAGGAUGCAAAAGCUGAAGUUGAAGAUGCCCCAGUAGCUAAGAGAGGCAGGGGAAGGCCAAAGGGAACCGCGAAGAAAGCUGAGAAGAAGGAAACUAAAGCUAAAUCCAAUGGAGUGAGCAAGCGUGGUAGGAGGAAAAAGGAAGAGAAGGAGGAAUCAGCAGAUGAAGAAAAUGGAGACAAAAGCAGUGAAAAUGAAGAAGAGGAAGAAGAUGAUGAAUAAUUUGAAUACAUUUCCUUUGCUUUUAAACUAUUUUUUAUACUUAAGGCUUAAAAUUAACAUGUUUACUUUCAGUAUCGAUACUUUUAGGUUUAUUUAAUAAUACACUGAAAUACUUAAUUUUUGACUGAUGAGUUUGGUAUUAGUAGGAAUCCAAUUCCAGGAAAAUGUUAAGUUGCAAUAGCGUCGUCAUUAUUUAUUUUUAGUGUUUUAACUCAUAUUUAUAUAUCAACAGAUCAUGUAAUUUACUCACACUGGAUGUAUUUCCGGAAUUGGUGUAUUUAGGUACUCGUUUAGUACUUUAGACUGAAAUAAAUUUUGUAUAUAUA